UAUAUAUAAUUAAACAUGUACAAAGCAUUAAAUCUUAUUUCACGAGUGCUCAGUAAAAACUUGUGUAGACUUUUGCAUUGCGUAAACAGUUUUCAUUGUAACUUUCCCUGGCAGUAUAAGUGAAAUUGACAAAAUCUUUUGAUUUUGAGUUUCUCUUGUGAACCCAGUUUGGGCUAAAACCAAAUGUAAAAAAAAAAAAAAAAGGAGGGGAGGGGGACAUUGAUACAAAAAAGAUUGUGUUGCUCACUUUCCCUUUUCAGAGCAUGACAGUACAAAUAUAUUUUUGACCAAAAAUAUCACCAAGGUUUGGAGAGACUGAGUUAAUUGUGACUGCUGGGUUUUUUGGAUGAACUAUCCCUUUAAGGUGAAGACCUGCUUUUCUACUAUGUGUCCACUGGGGGCUCCUGUCCUGCGCUGAGGUCCAUAAACAAGUACCGUGAUGGCAAAUAAUGGCGAAGAUCAUGCACAGUAUUAUUCUAUGGGAAAUAUUUCUAUGGUAGCAAAUACCAGGCGUCGUAAGUCUACAGAACUCCUGUACUAAAAUGGUUUUGGUUUAAUUGAUAUUGUUGCGUGCCUGUGCUUUUGUUCUCUUUAUAAUGCUGCAAAGUAAAGCUGCUUGUGUUAGCCCUUAAUAGACAAACAUACUCCAAAGCCAAAUGAAAGACCGAGUGGAAGUGCUAUCACAGUCCUCCAAGCUCUGAGUCACGGCAAUGAUCUCUCAGAUCACUCCCACUCUGUACCUGAGUGGAGUGGAGGCCCUGAAUCAGUCAGCGCUGGACCACAGAGGUGUCACUUUGCUGGUGAACGCCUGUGCUGAAUAUCACUGCCCUGAGUAUGAGGGGGUGAAAUGCAUUUGCGUGCCGGUGGAGGACCGUCCUCACUCCCCUCUGGACCAGCACUUUGACAGCGUGGCUGAGCGGAUCCAGCAGAACCACACUGGAAGCUCACUGGUGUUCUGUUCGGCUGGGAGAAGCAGGUCUCCGUCUCUUAUCAUGGCGUAUCUCAUGAGGUUUGAGGGAAUCUCACUGCUUCAGGCUCAUCAGCGGGUUCUGGCUGCACGGCCCUUCAUCCGGCCAAACGCAGGCUUCUGGAGGCAACUGCUUCAGUAUGAGAGGAAACUGACCCACUGCAACAGCAUCAGGAUGGUGGCCACCUCACAGGGCGUCCUACCUGAGGCCGUCCAGCUCACACAGGACUCGUCAUCAUCAUACUGCCUUAAUUUAUAAUUCACGAGGAUAUAUUUAUAUGGUGUGCGUGUGUGUUUUAAUACUCUUGGGCCCGGUUUCACAGACAGGGCUCAGACUAAACCAGGAUAAGGCCUUAGUUUAAUUAGGACAUUUAAGUAGCUUUUAUAAAUGUGCCUUUGAAAAAAAACAUUGCUGGUGUGCAUCUUGUGACAAAACAAUGGCACUGACAUAUUGUGUGAUAUGUCAGUGCAAGUUGCUUUCAGUUAAAACAGCUCAAACAUCUGGGACUAGGCUUAAAGCCCGAGACACACCAAGCUGACGAUCAGCCGUCAGGCAGCGUCGGACCGUAUUUAAGCAUCGGCCGACUGAGUAUUCCCGGUGUGAUCUGCACCGUUGGCACUAGUCGGACACCGUCAUUCAGCAUGUAGAAUGAGUAUGAGGUCUCUGCGGAACAAAAGUGGGCGUUUCUGUAUUUGUCGGUGUUUACAAACUGGUGGGUGUUUAUAUAUCAUGCAAUGAAAAUGAUCCCCUUCACCCGACCCCACCCCUAAAUCCUACCCAGAAAUCAGGUAACGCUCUCAAAAACGCCCCUCUGUUUAUGGCCUCGCCCACUGAUCAUUACUGUCCUGCAGAGACCUGUACUUGUGUAGAAUUGGCGUCGGGCGAGAGAGAGAACUCUGAUUGGCUGUUAAGUUUAGUGAACGAAACAAGGCAGUACAGACAGAAGGCUGUUCUAAUUUUACGUCAGGUACCUGAGUGUUCCUAGGCAAAUGUUUAAUAUUAACGUGAGCCAAUUGGAAUAAUGCAUUUAAUGAUGAUGACGUUUCGGACAAGUCCCAAACCUCACUACAUAUAUAAAUUUACAUUUGCAUUGAAAAGUCUCUACAUUGUUAAUAUAUUAAUAGGCUACAUAAAAAUAGUGAGUUCAUCAUUCAUUGUCACUGUAAAUAACAAAAUUAUUAUUUAAUUUAUUAUUAUUAAUUAGCUCAUAAAAAUAGAUAAUGUUUUUAUGCUUUGUAAACAACUUAUUAACCUUAGGCCUAUGUGAUGUACAAUAUUUUUUAAGCCAGUAGUAAAAUAAUUGUUCAUUUGUUAUUAGGAGGAAAUAGAUCCCCUAAGCCUAACUGAUGUAUUUUAACAAUGUGAUCUCAUGAGUAUUUGUAUGUAUUUUUUAUACCACACUUACUUACAUUUGCAUAGACAUGAAAUUGACAUAUUGAACAUUAUGACAGUGGUUAUGCAGGCAUAUGCUUAAUGUAUUUGUAAACAUUUUAAGGAACACAUUAAUACUAAUGCAAUUAAUGUCCAAUAAAGGUUGGUUUAAAGCACUUAA